AUGACCAGCCAUAUCAUCGGCAACCGCAAUAGCACUCCUGAUGCUUCCAAAUCUACCCUUCGACCCCCUUCAUCUUCGCGGAAUCUAGGGACUCACCAGCUUCGAGCCUCGGCGGAUAUGUCGGGGUUCCCAUCUCCUCUGUCUUCGCGCUCUAUUCGUCCAACGUCUGAGGUGUUCUUCAGCCAGCAUUCUCAGCAGACAAACACGGAGGAUGCUUUGGAUCGGGCGGCGCAACAAUGGCUCGCAGAUAUUGAUCAGUAUGAGAACACGCUUGAAGAGAUGGCGGCCGCUACCCUGGACCAGGACUUCAAGGAUGAACUUAGUGCCAUCGAACAAUGGUUCCGCGUUCUCAGUGAGGCUGAGAGAACAGCAGCGCUUUACGCUUUGCUGCAGCAGACCACGCAGGUGCAGAUUCGUUUCUUCAUACAGGUCUUACAGCAGAUGUCGAAGAGCCAUCCCAUGUCCGGACUGCUGUCUCCGGCAAACUUUGGGGAAAAGGAUGCCAUGUCAAACCGUCUGAAUGAUGCUAUGUCGAAAUUGAACAUCGAUAAUUCUCGCAGCCCCCUCGGACGCCCGCCGCCUUCCCCAGGUGCCAAGCGCAAUUCUGUUCUAGAUUCGUCCACAAUUAAUGCCAUGUUCCCGGACGCCGCAGCAGCCAUUGCCAAAAAGAAAGCAGAAUUCACCCAGCAGACGGGAAAUGCGCCACCUUCGAACCGCAACAGUGCUGUCUUUGGGGAUCGCACGUCGCUGGUUGCGCCUACUAUCUCUACACCGGAUAACAAUGCGGACAGCUUAGGCCAGCCUUCUUCUCCAUGGGCGCAGCGCGCCGGUCCUGAAACAACACAGCCGCCGAUUGCUCGACCGAAAUCGUCCUCUGGCCAGCAACCAAUGGGCCAGUUUAGUCAGCCGUCAACUUCGUCCGGAAUGCGUUCUCCCCUUCCAGUACAUCAAACAGCUAACAUUCCCGCGCCCGAAAUCGAGCCCCCAUUGCUUUCGCCUUACAAUGUUGGAAACGCGAGCUGGGCUUCCCUGGCCACUACUCCGAUGACGGCCACCUUCCCUAAUCAGCAGUCGGCCUCUUCGCAAGCAGAUAUGGUGGCUAAUGCCACGGCGAUGAAACUGGCUGCUCUGUCAACGGUAAACAACCGCAUUGCGCUCGAUGAUGCUCGCAAGUAUCGCCGUGCUCGUUCCAACGAUGGACAGGGAAAGAAUGCGAAUACAAAUGCUGCGCCGUCCGUUGGAACUGGACUUGGUAAUCAAGGCGUUCCUGGAAAUAAUCUGGUUGCUGGUCAGCUUCUAAACGCACAGCAAUUGGCGGCCCUGCAGGCUCAGCAACAAGCAGCAGCAGCAGGUAGACGCUCCCGUCCGACCUCCCCCGGGAUUGCCCUGCAGGGAGGUGCGGUUGGUGGUAUGGGAUUCACUUCUCCGCAAAACAAUGGCUUCUUGGCCGCAUACGACCCGAACAAUCCUCUCAUGGGCAACGGAUUUGGGGCAUUGGCGGUCGGCCAUUUUGGCCUGGGUGGUCACGAGGGCUAUCUUUCCGACCAUUCCGAAAUUGCUCGCAGUCGCUCGCCUCGCGGACGGCGUGGAAGUUCCAAGCCGCCUGAGGACCCCACCGAUCCCAAUCUUCUGAAGGACAUCCCCAGCUGGUUGAGAUCUCUGCGGCUGCACAAAUACACGGACAAUCUUAAGGAUCUCAAAUGGACCGAGUUGAUUGAACUUGAUGAUAAGGCGUUGGAAGAACGCGGAGUUAAUGCACUUGGGGCCAGGAAUAAGAUGCUUAAGGUCUUUGAUCAAGUCAAGGAGGCCAAAGCGGAAGGAAAGCUGGAUAACAUUCUGUGA